GGUAGUCUUCGAGUCGGCUCCCAAAACAUUGAUGAGGUUGACAGGACGCACUCCCCCCAAACCGAAGGAAGAAGACGACGCCCGCGAAACAAAGCAGCAGCGAGGGGAGGAAGCAAGAGGAGGGCGCAUCAACUCGAAUUGAAGCAUGAGAGCUUCGAUUAAUCGGCCACCGACGCCGAGCGCGGAGGAGGAUCGGGAUAAGGAGCCCUCCCUCGAAGAAGCCAUCAACAUCAAGUUGGUAGAGAGUGGGGAGAAGGAGAAGUUAAUGGAGCUCCUCCGUGAGCGGCUCGUCGAGUGCGGCUGGAGGGAUGAGAUGAAGGCGCUCUGCAGGGCAUAUGCAAGGAAGAAAGGAAGAAAUAAUGUGACAGUAGAUGAUCUUAUUCAUGUUAUUACUCCGAAAGGAAGAGCAUCAGUGCCUGAUUCAGUGAAGGCAGAACUCCUGCAACGUAUCCGGUCCUUCCUCACGUCUACCUCACUUCGGUAGUCAUUUAUCCUGACGGUUGGAGCUACAUGUACCAUUGUACGAAUACUGGGAAGUUGACCUUGUUGUGGACAAGGGUGCAGGAAAACAAUGCAUAUGGCAUUAUCAUGACAUGAAAAGAAUCAGAUUGAUCUUCAUGAGGCUGUCCACAUGUUCCUUGGUCAGACAGGUAGUUAGCGUGAUAUUCGGGUGUCCAAGAUACGGUGGUUGUAAUCCUUGAAUACUGUAUUUAUUAAAGGAACCUGAGCUUGUAAUGCUACAGUGUUAUUAUCGCUCAACCGAUGCUUGAUUUCACAAUUGGGAAACUGAAAUAUCUUGAUAUAAAUGAUAAUGUCCAUGUGAAACCUGGAACCUGGAUUGGGUCA